AUGGAUAAAGCUAAUGAAAAUGUAAUUAAUUGUAGGAGGCUACAUAGAGCAAAUAUGAUAUUUGCUACUAUAAGUAACGAUUAUAACUACAUAUGUAUUAUUACAUUUUAUGAAAACAAUUAUAAUUUAGAAUUAUUUAGUACAAAUAAUCAGAUGCAAAAAAUAUUUAGAAAAACAAUCCUAGAUGAAAUUAAUAAAGUUUACAUAAAUUAUAAUAAUAAAUAUAUUUGUGCGACUAGCAAAAGUGGUAGUAUGUAUAUCCUAGACAUGAAGGGAAAUAUCAUACAUAAAAAUGAAACAAUGCAUUCAUUAUAUAAGCCUAAAAAAAUAAGAAAUAAAAAUGAAUUUCAAAAUUUUAUAAAAAGAAAAAAAAAGGAAGCAAUAAGCAGCAACACUCGUGAUCAAAUAUUGUUUGAAGAAAAAGACAAAAUGAUUAAUCAAAAUAUAAAUAAAAUAUUUAAAGUUGAUAAAAUAUUAAAAAAACAAAAUACGAUACUUACAUAUUUUAAUAGCAAUAAUAAGAUACAUAAAGAUAAAUCAAAAUAUGAAUUAAAUUCUAUGAAAUAUACAUUGUCUUCUACAUUUAAUUUUAGAAAAAUAAAUAAAAAAAAAAAAGCGUUCAAUAAAAUUGGAAUUGUGAAAAAAAUAGAUAAAAAUAAUUACAAAAAUAAUUAUAAAAAAAAAAAGAAUGUGCAUGAAAGUAUUACUACAAAAAAUAAUAAUAAAACAAAAAUUGUUGAAGUAAUUGACAAAAAAAAUUUAGAAACCUUACUUUCAAGUUCUAAAAAUAACUAUUUUAAUAGCAAUAUAGACAAUAAUAUAAAUAAGGAAAAUAAUAUUAAUGAAAAUUGUAAAAACAGCAAAGGUAACAACAAAAAUAUGGAAUUUUCUGCAAAUGAUGAGUUGAAUUCUAGUUGUUCAUCACUUUCUGAAUUUUCAUUUGAAAAUAAUUUAAAUGAUUUUUUUAUGAUGCAAGAUUUGGAAAAAAAAGGAAAAAGAAAAAAAAAUUACAAUAUAGAAUAUGAAAAGUUUUGCCUUGAAAUAGUUGAUAUAUACUGGAUAAGCAUAGAAAAAGAAAGUAAAAAUAAGUUUAUUGAAAGUACCAAUUGUUUUUAUGAUUAUAAUUUUUAUGAUAAUUUGCACAUUAUCUAUAGUCUAGAUGUAGCAUUUAAUAUUUUGUGCUCUAUUAAUUUAAAAAUAAUAAUUUAUAAAUAUAAUAUAUUAGAGCACUUUUAUAAAAAUAUCAAUUCCUACAAAGAGUUAAAAAAUAACAUAAUUUACUGUUUUAAAGAAAAUUUUUUAAAAAAAUGUAAAAGGAAGAGUCAUUACCUACAAUUUUAUAAGUUAAGUAAAUGCUAUUAUAAGAAUAAAACUUACAAGUUAAAUACUUCUAUUAAUAGAUAUAAAAAUAAAAUGGAUCAAAUAUUUUUACAUAAACAAAAUAAAACAAAUGAUUUAUCUUAUUUUCAUUUAAAUAUAAGAGAUGAUAUAAUUAAAAGAAUUUUUAACGAUAUAAUUAUUGAUAUCAAGCAGUCUUAUGUAUCUAAUGAUCAACAUUAUAUUCUGAUUAAUUAUUAUAUAAACAUUAAAGAAAAAUAUAUAAGUUUUUCUAGUUUAGAUUUCAAAACAAAUGAAAAAAGAAAUGAAAAAAAAAAAAAAAAAAAAAAAUUUGAUUUAAUUAGAAUAUACAAAAAUAGAAAAAAGAUGGAUAAUUUUCAAUCUUCUAAAUGUAAAUUAUGUUUUCUAGGAAUACAGAAAAUAAGUUGUAUUGAUAAGGAGUGCAAAUCAGUAGAAAAAAUUAUGUUAUACUUACUUUACUCUUAUAACAUUAUUCAGAAUAUUUAUAAUUUAUAUGAAAAAAUGUCAUCUAUCUAUACAAAAUUUGAUGAUUAUAAAAAAUUAUAUAAAAUAUACGAAAAUAUAUUACAAUUAGAUGAUAAUUUUAAAAAGUUUUAUUACAAAGAUAGGGAAAUAAUAUAUUUUUCUAAGUAUGUAAAAAAUAGAAAAGAAAAUUUUGAUGAAAAUUUAUAUAAUUUAUUUUUUAAAGAAAAUGAAAAGCAUGAUUUCGCACAUUAUUAUGAUAUAAUGAGAAAAAUGAUAGAAGAUAAAAUAGUUUGUUGCUCGUGUUCUAAGAAUAAAUUUUUUAAUGAAAAUUUACAAAAUAAUAAAAUAGAAAAAUUUGAAAGUGAAAUAUAUCAGAUAGAUAGUUAUUUAGGUUGUAAAGAAAAAAUCGAUAUAUCAAAUAAUCAAAAAAUUAAUAAUAAUUUUAAUAAAAACAUAACUGCAAGUCCUCCUACUAGUAAAAAAGAAAAUGAUAUAAAAGAAGAAAAAAAUAACAUAAUAACAAAAAACAAUAGUAAAGUGUCUAAACGUAAAUUAAUCAAUAUAAAAAGAGAUGAAGUACAACAAAAUGAACUAAAAAAAAGUAUAAAAAUGAAUAGUACAGAGAAGUUAAACUGCAAAAAGUUAAAUAAUUUAUGUAUAAAAAAACACAAUAACUAUACUAAUAACACAUUUGAUUGUGAUAUUAUAAAAAUUAAUGGGAAAAAAAAAUAUGUAAAUAAUAAAAAUAAAACGUGUAUGCCUUUUUACAACUUAAAAAAUGUUAAAAGUUACAAUAGUAAUGAAAAAAAAGAAAUACAUAAUGACAAUAAUAUCAAAAUCACUUUUAAAAAUGGAAACAGCAGCAAUGAGAUGAAAAUGAACAAUGAUAUAAUAGAUAAAAAAACAAAAGAAAAAAAAAUUACCAAAGUCUUCAUAAAAGAUGAAAAUAAAAAUAACGAUAAAACUGAAAAUUCGUUGAAUACAUAUUUAGAAAAAAAUAUACAACUUUCUGAAAAUGCAUCGGAAGAAAAUUUUUUAAAGAGUCGUAUUUUUAUUAUAAAAAAUGGUGAAAAUAUAUGUGAUUCAUGUAAAGAUUUAUUAAAGAAAGAUAUGCUUAAUAGUUUUGAAAACUUCGAACUAAAUUAUGAAAUACCAAAGAAGAACAUUAAACUAAGUAAUGAAGAAAUAUAUAAUUCACUCAUUAAAGAUAUUUAUAUAAUGUAUAAAGAAAAGAAAUGCCCUAUAAAUAUUUUGCUACUACUACAAGAAUUAAGUGAUAAAGAAUUAGAAAGUUGUAUGACUAAUUUUCAACUAAUUUUACAAUUUUAUGAAAAAACAUUUCUUCAAAAUGUAAACGAUAAUUUAAAUAAUCUUUUUAAUAUUGUUAAUAUAUGCAAAACAUUAUCUAAUAAUGUAAAUAUUAUCUUAAAAAAAUAUUGCAAUGAUCAAAUAUCAAAACUUCAUGAUGAUAUAAUUUAUUGUUUAGAAAAAUUUCAAUCUUUUUUUCAAUUACAUAAACAUUUAAAUAUCUUCUUAUUUUUCAUGGAGUUAUUACUUUUUAUUUCAAAAAAUAUUUAUUUUGAAAGUUUUCCUCAUUAUAAAGAAACAUUUUCAAAUUAUAAAAAUAUUGAAAUAUUAAAAAAUUAUCAUUUUAUCAAAGGUUAUAAAAUCAAUUUUAAUCAUUUUGAUGAAUAUUUACAUAAUAAUUAUAUAAAAGCUCAUAAAUUUUACUUAAGCUUAAAUAAAAUCAGAAUUAAGUUAAUUCAAAUUUUUAAAUCCUUUGCAUAUAACAAAAAUUUAUCUUCUCUUUAUAAUAUAUCAAUUUUAAAUAUUCCAAUCAAUAAAUUUAACUAUUUUACUCUUCCAAAAAAUAGUAAAAAAAAUAAUUCAGUUCAAAACUUUUCAUAUUUUGAUGACUUUGUUUUUAAAAAUAAUUCAAAAAUUUAUCCUUUUUAUAUUUGCACAUGUGAUAAAUAUUCUUUUAUAAAUAUAACUAAAUAUUAUCAAUCAGAACACAACUUUGUGUUAAUUCAAAGGAAGUCAUUAAAGAUUAAUUUGUAUCCUUUAGACGUAUUAAAUAUUAUAGCUAUAUCUAAAAGCUUUUUCUAUAUAUUUACAAAAAAAGAUAAAAAAUUAAAUAUAACUUCAUUAAAAGUAAAAUAUGGUUAUUCUAAAAAAAAACAUAGAAAUAAUAUUUUGAAAUAUAAAAAUAAUUUAAGUAAUUUAAAUAAUUUAUGUGUUUUGAAAUGUUCUAACUUAGAAUCCUAUUUCCCUAAUCCAAAUAGUUUUAAACUUAAAAUUCAAAUUUUAUAUAAUUCUAUUAUUGCAAAUUGUGAGCCAGAUAUGUGUAUAAUUCUACAUACACAUAGUUAUAAGGAGCAAAAAGGAUAUAAUAAAUAA